CAGCAAAAGCUUCCAUUCUUGUUGGUUCCGUUCCACCAUCCACACCACCAGCCCCUCUCUCUCCAUCUCCUCUUCUCGGGGUUUUCGGUCGGAGCGCCUUCGCUCGGUGUUGGGGUCGCGAUGGAGAAGGAAGACGGCGUGAAGAAGGUGGCGGUGGUGGCGCCAGAGGAGGCGACGCCGACCCUCACCGCGACACCGACCCUCACCGCGCCGCUGCCGGCACCGGAGAAGGAGCCGGAGAUGCAGGGGAAGUGCUACAAGAAGACGGUGGGGGAGGAGGCGACGUUCCUGGAGACCGCCAAGGACUACUUCAACCAGUUUAAGGAGAUACCCGCCCAGAAGCACUGGAUCUGCCUCAAGAACUACUUCAACCAGAAGUGCGGCUCGGUGUUCGGCAAGCAGAAGGUCGAGCCUGUGGUGAAGGAUGAUGCAACUCCGGAGGUGGUGGCGAAGCCGGCAACUGCACCAGUGGAAUCUAACUGAGGGGCUUCUGAUCGUCUAUUCGUUUUGCAGCAGUUGAAUCUCAUUUGAGGGUGUUCUGAUCGUCUUGAGGAAACAAAAUGUAAAUAAUCUUUGGGUGUUCUACGGUGGUGAAGCCUCGAGACUUCUUUGGUCUCCCCAGUAUGUCAUGCUAGUUGUCGUGGUAGUGGUUUGGGAAUGGUUGGUCCAGUAAUUCGUCAUGAACCCUCUGUGUUUCUGCGUCAAGUUCUUAGCAUGUGGACCUCUAUCGGUGCCUGAAAUUGAAUCGUUACCGCAAUCAUUUGCCAUGAUUUCGUGCUUCUGGUUA